AUGUACGAGUGUCCCUCUGUACUGGCCGUCUACUCUCUCAUCAUCAUCAACAAGGCCGGAGGUCUUGUCUACCAGCGCGACUUCCAGGCCGGUCUGCGCAAACUCUCGACGAACGAUUAUCUCGUAUUAGCCGGUACAUUUCACGGUGUCCACGCCAUCACCCGCUCCUUAACACCUCAUAUCCCUUCGACCGUUGCACCAGCGACGACUGGCAGCACCGCACAGAGUUCCUCAGGGACAUCAACACCCACGCCGGGCACCGUCUCGACGCUCCCGAACCCGGGCGUUCCCAAGACGGGUAUCGAAGUGCUCGAGUCGGAGCGCUUCCGUCUUACCUGCUUCCAGACCCUGACAGGAACGAAAUUCCUGCUCUUUACUGAUCCGCUGAUGCCGAACGUCGAUGUUGUGAUGGGCAAGGUCUACGAGCUAUACGCAGACUACGUCAUGAAGAAUCCGUUCUACCAGUUGGAGAUGCCGGUGCGCUGCGAAGCAUUUGAUAGACAUCUUGCUGGCUGGUUAAGAGGGAGGGCGUAGGUGUCAGAGAAAAACAACCAGAAGAAAGAUGGAUGGGAAGAUACAAGCACCAGACGUGUGAAGAGGGCUGGGUAUCCUAUUUUCAUGAGGUACGAAUCAGGAAAUUACUUUUGUCGGUAUCAUCAGGCAUGUUUCGGCGCACACGAGUUCUUGCUGUAGGCUCGAAUAAUAUAAUAGACCAGUCAAUCCGAGCUUCAGAGAUCGUCCGAGGACAUAUUCUAGAGAUACAGUAAAAGAAACGCCAUUCAUGCAUCAAAGUCA